ACCAUGGCAGAGCUCAGUUUCAACAAGGAUCACGGCUAUCUGGAGGGUCUGGUCCGCGGAAUGAAGGCUGGGAUCCUGACUGACACCGACUAUCACAAUCUGGCCCAGUGUGACACACUUGAUGACAUGAAGCUGCAUCUGCAGAGCACAGAUUAUGGUAAAAUGCUGUCUUCGUCUGAGGAGGACCUGACUGUGUCUCUGGUGGACAGCAAGCUGAGGGAGAACCUGGUGACUGAAUUCAGCUGCCUUCGCUCCAACGCCCUGCCUCCAUUAUCCACCUUCCUUGACUAUAUAACCUACAGCUACAUGAUCGACAAUGUGGUGAUGCUGAUCACAGGUGCCCUGAAACAGAGAGAUGUGGCAGAGGUUCUCCCACGUUGUCACCCACUAGGAGCUUUUGAUCAGAUGGCAGCAGUGGGCAUCGCUCGCACCCCGACUGAGCUCUACUCAGCCAUCCUGGUGGACACACCACUGGCUCGGUUUUUCCAGGAAGCUGUAUCCGAUACCAACCUGGAUGAAAUGGAAGCUGAAAUUCUCAGAAGCAAGCUGUUUAAGGCAUAUUUAGAGUCUUUCCACUCCUUCUGCAAGAGCCUUGGUGGAGCCACAAGAGAUACAAUGUGUCCUGUCCUGGAGUUUGAGGCAGACAGGCGUGCCUUCAUCAUCACAGUGAACUCCUUCGGGACGGAUCUCAGCGGAGCAGACAGGAGUGUGUUGUAUCCAUCUUGUGGCAAACUUUACCCUGAAGGACUGCAACUGCUGGCCAGGGCAGAGGACCAUGAGCAGGUCAAAGCUGUGGCAGACUGCUACCCAGGCUAUAAGAUCAUUUUUGAUGACCCUGAGCCAGAAUCAGGAUGCAAGACUCUGGAAGACAGAUUCUUUGAACAAGAGGUGAAGCUGAACACACUUGCUUUCCUGCAACAGUUCCACUUUGGAGUAUUUUACUCCUACAUCAAACUGAAGGAGCAGGAGAGUCGUAACAUUGUCUGGAUCGCAGAAUGUGUCACACAGCGACAGAAGUCCAAGAUACACAACUACAUACCUAUCUUCAAAUAA